AUGGGCUGCGCUAGUUCCGCGCCCACCGCCAACGCGGCAGCGGGGGAGGUUGGGAAUGGCGGCGAGGGCCAGGCGGAGGAGUGGACACUGUGCGGAUGCGGGGGGAAUCGGCGCGCUAAGGAGGGGAAGGUGCGGACGCAGGCGGGUGGGGAGAAGAGGCGGAGGACCAGGGAAAACGAGGCGCAGAAAGGGGAGGCACUGAGGGACGGGCGUGCGAUUAAGAACGAGCGGAACGCGGAAGUGAUGCGCGGUGGGGACCGAGUCGAGGAGAGGGACGAGAGGAGAGAAGCGCACGACGGGAGAGUGGGAGGCAAGGUGCGCGCAGAGGACGGGCAGAAUGGCGCGGAGCGUUGCGAUGGCACGGGGAUGAACGGCGGAGCAGGGGGCGGCACGCUCAAGCCCCCACCACCCAUCCCCCACCGCGCGUCCUCCACCGCCCACCAUUGCAGGAGCGCACUGCCCCCACGGCCCACCCAGCUCGCCCAAUCCGCGGCCAGCAUGCAAUCCCCCACCAGGUGCCGUACUCCCUGGCCACCACGUGCCAUUCCACUUUGCCGCUCCGCUUCCUGCCCGUGUCGUCUCCUCAAUGCCCCCCGCGUCAUGCUCACUCUUGCUGAAGCCCGUGUGUGUGUGGCAUGGCAUGUGUGCGGCACACACAGCAGGGUGGGCGUGCUGGCGUUUGAGGUGGCGGCAGCGGUGGUGAGGGCGGGGGUGGUACGGCAGUCAGUGGAGGGGGAGGACGUGGACGAGCUGCGCAGGGAGGUGUUGGCGUCCGAUGGCAUCGCCUUCCUCCUCUCCUCUGACUUCAACCACGUCUGGCAGAUCGCCGCCCGCGAUAAGUGGUCAGUCCGGCACAUCCCUGCUUGCGCUGUCUGCUCGUUGCCUCCUUCCUCGCUGCGUGCAACAAUCUCUCGUGCCUUCACUUGCAGCUCUAUUGAAUUGUUCCUUUAUGUGCACCCCUACCCUUUCCCUCCCCCUCCACCACCCCCUACCCACCCACCCCCCUUCACCCGCAUGGCUACUGCAUGCAGGGAGGAGGUGGGGCGGCUGGCAGCGAGUGUAGCGCGCCUCGGCUCGCAGUGCACUGACACCGCUCUGCACUCCCUCGCCCUCCGCUUCUCCAGCCUGGCUGCAGCAGUGAGGGAGCGGCAGGGGGGUGGGGGGGAAGAGCAGGGGGGGGCGGAGGAGGGGGAGGAGGGGGAGGAGGGGGAGGCGGUGGACGAGCUGCUGCUGCAGCUGGAGGAGGACGCUCAGAUCACCAUGGAGCUGAGGCGCGAGGUGCUGCUGCUAGAGGCCAUGCGCCGCGACAUGGAUGCCGCAUGCGACUCUGGUGCCCAUGCUGGUGAUGCUGGGGGUGAUGGUGGUGGUGGGGUUGUUGGGGAGAGGGCGGCGGAGCUGAGGGCACAGAAGGAGCGGGUGCGCGCCAUGCAGGAGAGCUCCUUCUGGGACCGCCCCCUCCAUGAGUUGGUGCGCCAGCUGGCGCGUGUCGUGGAUCAUCUCAUCCGCCUGGUCUCCUCCACCUUCGGCCCGCUGCCACCGGACGUCCCUCUGCUGCCCGUGCGAGGGAAGGGCGCACAGGCGGAAGGGGGGAGGGAGGGGCAGGCGGAGGGGGGGAGGAAGCUGGGGGAGUCGGGCAUGGCGCUGGCGUAUGCGCGGCUCAUCAUCGCCAUCGACCUGCUGGUGGGAAUGCAGGGGGCGGAGAGCCGGAGGGACUACCUGUACUCGCUGCUGCCACACUCGCUGCGCUGCAAGCUCAAGGGGGCGCUGCUGCAGUCACAGCACAUCUGCAUGGAGAGCACGGAGAGCAUAGAGGAGAAGCUGGAGGGCGUGUUGGACUGGCUGGUCACCAUGGCAGACAACACCAUCAGGUACGCCAGUGACGUGCGGGUGCGGGGAGGCAGUGCGUUGAGUCGCCUGCAGACGCUGCAGCACGUGGAGGAGGCGCGCAUGGAGCGCCUCGUGCUGCUGCUGCUCAUCGGCCUGCAGCACCUCGCCAGCCGCCAGCAGCUCCCCCCUCCCCCCGCCCCCGCACACGCACACACACCUGCCCCCUCCACCGCCUCACCGCAUGGGGUGGGCGAGGGGGGGAGCGGCAGCGGUGGGGGCGGGCCCAGUGGCAAGUAUGCGAUGACAGGCGCCGGGGGAGGCCCAUGGGGCGCUGGCAGGGGCGCAGGCAGGGCGGGUGGUGGCGCAGCUGAGAGGAGGGGUAGGGAUGCAGGGGAAGAGGGGAGAGAGACGAGAGAAGGGGAGGGACAGGAGGGUGAAGGGGGGAGCAGUGGCAAGGGGGAGAGCAGGGAGGCAGCAGGCAGUGGAGCGUCUGCUUUACCCGCUACUCCAGGUGGUGGUGGUGGUGGCAGGGAGAGGGGGUGGGCGAGUCACACGCGGGUGUGGCACCCCAUCCCAUGCACCGCCAUCACAGCCCCCUUCCCGCCGCCUGCCGCCCACGUGGCAGCUGACUUGGCCAGUGACGUGGCAGGUAUGGAGGGUCACUCGCCAAGCAUGCCUGCAGCAGGGCCUGCCAGCGAGGAGCGAGCCGUGGGGUCGGUUGCAGCACAUGCAGCGGUGGGCCCGUGGGGGCAAGAGGCAGCCCGGGGAGAUGCCGGCACAGCAGAAGCAGGGAGCGGGUUGAUGGCAGUAGAGGCGGGUGCAGCAGAGGGUACACGGGAGGAGACCGGCGAGGGCAGGGCGCCGAGCAGCGAGGAGCGCGUGGGCAGCCCCGGAGGCAUGCAGGACGUGCCUCCCAUCGACCUGCACGCUGCUGCUCUGUCCUGCCACCCGCAGUGGUCGCCGGGGUCAGGCAGCGACCCCCCGUCCCCCGCUCCCCUGCCGUGGUCGGGGCCGCUGAGCGAGCGCAGCAGCGUGGGGCGCGCGUCCCAGGCCAGCAGCCCCGGUGGCGUGGCGUGGAGCGGUGGUGUGCGGCGCACGGGCAGUGCGGAGGGCAGCCGGGAGGGCGAGGGCGUGGAGGAGUGGAGCGACAUCCUGGCCCACUUGUCGUCCGCUGCUCGUGGUGCCGUGGGGGGGGUGGGCGGGGUGGGGACAGGGGAGGGUGAUGGGGUCGGUGCUGUGGAAAAUGCAGCGAUAGUGGGGGCCGAGGGUGUGGAGAAUGUGAGUGUGGGGAGUGUGAGUAGUGGGCGGCGGGAAUGGAGGGUGCCACAGAGUGUGCCUGAGGAGGAGGAGGAAGGCGAGGAUGGGGAGUCCAGGGGUAAGGAGGAUCAAGGGGAGGGAGAGGCGCAAGUGGGCAGUACAGUUCACAGCGGCACAGGGGAAGUAGCUCCACCAGCAGCAGAGCCAGCAGGGUUGCCGCCAUUGGUGGAAUCGGACUCGUGUCCAUCUGUCCCUCCUGUAUCUCAUCUGCCCACCGAGCCUCUCACCCCUGGGUCUCUCAUGCCACCAUCGCCCUCUGCUGCCAUGCCACCGCGCUCCGCCCUGCUAGCCAGUGCAGCACCUGCAGCAGGCGGAGUGGAUGGCGCCAUGCCCGCCACUGUGCUUGCCACCGCCGUUCCCAGCAGCGUGGCAGCAGAAGGGGGCCCGGUGGCGAGGGUGCGGGCGAGGGCCCCGCGGGCGGGGUGGAAGAGCAAGAGCCAGCCGCUGGAGCGACUGGCGGCGCGCAUGAAGCAGCGGCAGCAGCGGGCCGCAGGGCAGCUGCAGGAGAGCACAGGCGUGGCGGGCAGAGGGGGCAGCCCCCAGCUUCAGCUGCAGGGCGAAGGGGGAGGCAGGGGGCUGGCAGGGCAACAGUCAGUCUCGCGCACUCUGAGUCGCCUGCAGCAGCAGCAGGCCAACAGCCUUACCGCCUCCUCUGCUGGCGGCGCUGCCCUGGGCGCGGACUCCCCCCUCCACGCUCGUGUGCUGCGCCGCGCGCUCACUCCCAACCCCGGCGCUGCUGCUGGCGGCAGCCACAGCGGAGGGCUGGAGAGGCGUGUGGGGAGGGGGCUGGGGAGCGCGUGGGAGGGGGACAUAGGGGUGGGGGUGGAGGGGGAGGAGGAGGAGGCAGACAUCGAUCGCAUCCUGGAUGCGCGGCCUGACAUGGACAUCAGCGCCCUCAGCCCCAUGCUCAUGCGCUCCCCCUCCUUCGGCCGCCAGCAGUACUGGAUGGUGUGA